UUUCUACUAAAUGAAGCUGACAAAAACACCGGCCGCAAACAAACGAGCGUAUUUACUGAAGAAGCGACGUAAAGUGUGGAGAAUAUUUAGAGUUAUCUACCCUUGGCUUCUCUCACAACAAAUGCUCCCAUCCUAGACACCGUUACUACCUUGGAUAUUUGAAAUGUUUUGUGACGUGACACGGUAUAGAAACUGCAUAAAACUUAUCAGCUGAAUUAUCUUUAACUUAGGGUUUGUUUAUUUUGAUUUUUAUGCGUAAUUUUCUUAGUUAACUGUCGGGUCGGCUGGAGCCAGAAUGCGGAAGUGAGGUAAAUCGCUGAUAUUUCACAACUAACAAACAAUAUUAUACUGAGACUGCCUGCCAAGAUGAUUCACUCUAACAUCAAAGGCUGCUGACAAAGAAGGCUGCUCUCCUCAUCAGACUGUUUCAUCUCGUCAUGACGGACACCAUAACCAACGGGCCCAGAUCCUCAACAGCUUAGAGGACAUUUUCAGCACUUACCAGAAGUUUUAUGUCCUGAAUGUUGACAAGUCUGUGAGCCCCCUGUACCUCAAGGAGUACAUGUGCCUAGAUCCCAGCAUCCAGGUGUACAUACAUGUGGACAAGCAUGGCAAGUCCAAGGAGUGUGCAGAGGUGGUGGUGCCCAAGACCCUCACAAAAGAGGUGUUACAGAUGGAUGGCAUGUUACUCAAAGGAAAGGAGCUUUCAGUCAAAAAGCCCGAGAAUAUGCAGAAACGUGUCACAUCAAAAUGGAGAAAAAAUGAGGAAGGGACAGUGUUUUGUCUUUCCGAAUGUGUUGAGUCUGUGGUUUCAAUGUCAAAAGAGAGAACAGAGUUAAUGUAUCACAUGAUAGAUGCAGGAGCUUAUCUUGUUGAUCCUGGUUUCACUGCAAAGAAGGAUGUCAACGAAGUCAUCAAACGAGCUUUCCUAUCUGGUGUAGAGAAGGUUGUGGUGAAGACACUGACGGUGAGACAGGCCAUGAAGGCUAAGGCCCUGGCCGACAGCUUCCCUGGGAUCAUCUACUUCACCGCUGGCAUCCACCCCACUCAAGAAAGUUCAUGGAAAGGGGAGACAACUGUACAGCAACUGCGUGACCUCCUAUCUCACCCUCAGUGUGUGGCCCUGGGUGAGAUCGGGCUGGAGAGGAAUUAUACAGACUCUCGGAGGGAGAUGUUCAGAGCCCAGGUGAAACUGGCAUGUGACAUGGACAUACCCCUGGUGUUGUGUGACACGAGUAAGCUGGAGACAACACAGAGGAUCCUCUCAGAGUUCAAGGACAAACUACCGCCAGUUUGUAUUAGCGGAGACAGGCAGACAACGACAGACUUGAAGGCAUUCUGCGAUAUGGGAUUCUACAUCUCCUUGACAGGUAAUGCCUGGAAACUCCCAUAUACGGAAUGUCCAAGAGAUUGGCUGAGCAGUGUAUCACAUGACAUAGAGACAACGCGGCUACUCCUGGCCAGCGAGGCUCCUGGAAAGUUCCCAGACUUCAUCAGCAACUACCCUGGUUCAUCAAUAUCUUACCGUCGAGCAAUGUUCAAAGUUGAUUGUUCAAACUUGUUGGAGGACAACUCAAAGUUGACAAUGAAGUACUGUUGUAAGCGGAACGAGCCUUUCAGUGUACACACCAUCUUGGAGUUGGCAUCAGGUAGAGUUCAGCGGACUCCACAACAGCUUGCAGACAUGGUCAGACAAAAUGCAUAUACAUUUUAUAGAUUUUCUGAAAAGUCUGACGGGAAGAUGGUAGAAAGUUCUGAAGGAACAUGUAGUGAGGUGCAGGAAGUGACCUCUGAGGUUGUUGACCUCCAGCCAGACAAGAGGAAGAAGUAUGUAUUCCCAGGACUUACAUUCAUCCUUGGUAUUCUCAUGGUCACCAUCUUGUUAACAUUCCAGUAUGUUUGGAAACUGGAUUCUGUCAUUGAAUGAGUAAAUACCUAUACAGUUCAUUCCUGCUGUGUAAAGUCUCUCAGAUUCAUCACUCAGGUUGAUGUAUGUGUGUGCGUGUGUGUGUGUGUGUGUGUGUGAGAGAGGGGUGGGUGGGUGGGGUGUUUCACAGUUGUGACAGCUGAUCCAUUGUUUGUACAUACAAACUAUUCUACCACUGCGACAGUUGAACUAUAGUUGGUACAUACAGACCAUUGUCACAGUUGAACUAUAGUUGGUACAUACAAACCAUUGUCACAGUUGAACUAUUGUUGGUACAUGCAGACCAUUAUCACAGUUGAGUGAGUGAGUGAGUUGGGUUUUAUGCCUCCUUUAGCAAUAUUCCAGCAAUAUCACAACAGGGGGAGGCCAGAAAUGGGCUUCUCAAAUUGUACCCUUGUUGGGAAUCAGACCGAGCCUUCAACAUCAUAUAGCGAACACUUUACCACUGGGAUACCCCACCACCCAUUUCUCACAGUUGAACCAUGGAUGUUUCAUGGAAAUGAAAAUACCUCAUGAAAAAUUCUCAGGAAUGACUUAUAUGAAAAGAGUUGAUUGCCCUUGUGUUUGGUUUUGUAAACAAAAUGUGUAAAUGCCCGCAUAUAUAUAAUUAUAUAUACCAGUGAAAUAAAGUAUAUGUGCAUUAUUUGAUGUUAUACUUAAUGCAAACAGAUAAGAACAUGA